AUGGCCCUGGGUCUCCUGUGGCUGAGCCUCACCCUGCUAGGGGCCCUGCAGACCCAAGCCUCUGGUACAGUCCAUGUGGCCAGGCCCCUGCAGACAGGUCUGAGCAGAAUCCGUCUGCAGCCAAACUUCAAGGAAGACCAGUUCCAGGGGACGUGGUACGCCUUGGGCGUGGCAGAGAACACAAUUCGGAACGGAAGCGAAAGCGAGUUCUCCAUGUACAGCAACACCUUCGAGCUGAGUGACGACCACAGCUACAAAGUCACCACCAGAAUGAAGAAGGGCGUGGUCUGCGACCGCUGGAUCAGGACCUUAGUCCCGAGUUACGUGCCAGGCCAGUUUGAACUGAGCGAUUUAAAACGUUAUCCUGGAGUACAGAUCUACACCGUGAGAGUGGCCUCUACCAACUACAAUCAGUACGCCAUGCUGUUCCUCAAGAUGCAGUUCAAAGACACCUUCUACUACGAGACCACCCUCUACGGGAGGACCAAAGAGCUGAAUGCUGACCUGAAGGACCGCUUCAUUGACUUUGCCACAUUCAUUGGCUUCCAUGAGGAAAACAUCAUCUUCCAUGUCCCCAUCAGUAAUGGCCGGCUGGGGAGAAUGGGGGGAUGUGGGGGUCUGUCUAGUCCUGACGCUGCCCCUGUCCAAGGAACAGGGAGGACCAAGGAGCUGAGCCCUGAACUGCAGGAGCUUUUUAUCAGCAGUGCCAAGUCCCGGGGCUUCACUGAGAACAAUGUCAUCCUCGCUGUCCCCACCGCUCUCCUGCGGCAGCUGCGCCCAGAUCCUGGCCCUUGA